AUGGCUUGGGCGAAACUCACAGCAGCCUGCUCAGCUGCUCUCUUGUCUAGUCUUUUCUUGCUUCGCAAUGGCAGCGAGUGCCAAGUUUCACAGUUUGAAAGAGGACAGAGGUGGUUCUACCUACUGACUAGAAUAUGGCUCCUUCUCUCUGAGUACUCGUUGUUCGUCUAUCAGCUUCGUCAGCCCACUCCGGAAAACCCCACGGGCAAAGGCGAGUGUCAAAUAGUUCUACGCAAGACACAGGUAGAAGUCUUACAUAAAAUUGCCAAGGAAUCUCCAAACGAUGGUCUUCCUGCUCUACAAGAGCCGACAGGCGUCUCUUUACUUGCCACAGACACCUCUGCUCUUGCAGACUUGCUUGUUACUCGAGCUGGCGACUAUGAGAAACCCACCGGCCUGCGAGGCUCUUUCAAAUUGUUGACUUUUGAUAGGCUUCUCACCGUUAACGGAGAUCAACACAAGUCUUUGAGGAAGCGCAGUCUGUCGCAUUUCAGCUUCAGUGUCGUCAAAUACUUGUACCCACUGAUGUGGCGCCAUGCAUUGCGAUUUGUGAAGUCCGUGGAGACUAGACUUGAGGGAGAGGUAGCAGAUCAAGACAAUAACUCAAGCAGCAGCAUCGAGAUCUCGGAGCUGACUACCGAGGUAACCGUCAAUGUUAUUUGCACUACGAUCUUUGGCCGAUCCUACGAAGCGUCCGAUGAUUCGGCCUUCAAACCAUCGCGAGAAUUGCUCAACUUCUUUCUGCAACCAAACUUCGCCACCAGCAUAUACUUGACGUUGAGAAAAUUGAAGGCGGAACCACAGCGUGCCGAUCUCGUCUCGCACAUGAUCGGAUCCAGCCAUUUCACUGACUACGAGAUCGCUUCCCAGCUGCUUACUUCUAUGGUUGCGGGUUUGCUGAGGGAAGAGGUGACCCUCGCCUUGGACUCGAGCGGUAAGUCGCUUGAAGAAGUGGAUGUCGCCAAUGUAUUGGAAGGCUUGCCAUUUCUCAACGGCUUCGUAAGCGAGACCCUACAUCUCUACCCAAGUGUCCCUCGAAAAUUCGAUCCGAUCGGAGGUAUGAAGAAGACUGUCGAUUUCUUGACCUCUUUGCAUGGACCGCGCAAUUGCAUCGGACAGAGCUUUGCCAAGGCGGAACUGCGAUGUUUGGUGGCAGCUUUGGCGGUGCAUUUCGAGUGGAAGGUCGACAAGGACGUUGGCGAAAUUCCAAUCUCGGGAGUUCUCACGAUCAAUCUAGAAGGUGGGCUGCCUCUUCGGUUGCCAGCUUUGCGUAAAGCAGCUCGGUCGUAG